AUGACUGGAUGCCCCAUGACCCUCUUUGUGGCCACGGUCGGCGUCUUCUUCUUCCCCCUGCGGACCUUUACCCACCAUGGCCGCACUCGCUUUCUUCAGACCUUGCGCCGCGUCAGCAUUGGCGGCAUCGCCCAGGCGCAGGACGGCAAGUUUGGCGACAUUCUCCUGGCUGAUGCCCUGACAAGCUACGCCAAGGUUCUCGCAGACCUUUACGUCACCCUCUGCAUGUUCUUCACCCCCAACGGUGCCUCCACGGCCCGCCCCGAUCGCGGCUGCGGCGGCGCCGUCAUGGUGCCCCUCAUCAUGGCCGUUCCGAGCGCCAUUCGACUGCGCCAGUGCCUGACCGAGUACUUCCGCGUCCGCCGCGCCCCCUACAAGGAGUCCACCGGCUGGGGCGGCCAGCACCUGGCCAACGCCGCCAAGUACUCGACCGCAUUCCCCGUCAUCAUCUUGAGCGCCAUCCAGCGCAGCCUGCCCGCCGAUCAGCCCAAGCCAGGCCUCAGCCGCGCCUGGCUCGCCGCCGUCCUGCUCAACUCGCUCUACUCGUUCUACUGGGACCGCCCCGACCACCCCUUUGGCCUGCGGCGCCGCCUGCUCUUCUACCCCCCGCUCGUCUACUACCUCGUCAUGGCCCUCGACCUCAUGCUGCGGUGCACCUGGGCCCUCAAGCUGAGCCCCCACCUCGACCGCCUGACGGAUUUCGAGAGCUCCAUCUUCCUCAUUCAGUUCCUCGAGGUCUUCCGCCGCUGGGUGUGGAUCUUCUUCCGCGUCGAGACCGAGUGGAUCAGGAAUUCGCCGACCGGCCUUGGCGUGGAUGACAUACUGCUCGGCGACUACCAGGCUAGUGUCCAUGAUCAGGGCCCAAGGGGGUGUCAUAACAGCCAUGUGCCCAAUCUCAAGAUCAAAUAA